AACAAGUUCCGCGUUCCGAAAUACAUAAUAGUAUACAUAAUAUUAGCAUAGGCCAUAGAUAAAUUGAUUAGUUAUAAAUUAUAAUCAUGGUUGAAAUAAUUUUAAAAUAUUAUACCAAUAAGUAUAUUUUUAAUCCAAUAGUUGUUCGUAAUUUUGAGUUUCGACGUGUGUUACUUGAAAGAAAACAUCUUAAAUCUCAAACUUUAAAAAUCCAUAAUUAAGAAUACAAGUGCAGCUUACAGGAUUGAUUUCAGUUUUUCGAUGAUUGUAUCAAAAUAUUUUAGUCAACAAGAACACAUCUUGGAUACACAAAAUAUUGCAAAUUUAUAUUUAGAACUUGAAAACAACUUAUCAUUAAAAUUACAUGGUUUGACUUACGGUUUAGAUUUGUACAUUUACAGACCUUUGGAAUAUGCUUCUAGUUUACAUAAAGAAUUUGUGAACAAGUAUCUUUUUAGUCUAAAAAAUGUUUUGUUUUUGGGAAUGAAUCCUGGACCAUGGGGAAUGUGUCAAACAGGGAUACCGUUUGGUGAAGUGAAUGUGGUUAAAAAUUAUUUAAGAGUCAGCGGAACAGUUGAGUAUCCAAAAAAUAUUCAUCCCCAAAAGCCAGUCUUGGGUCUCGACUGUAAAAGAAAAGAAGUAAGCGGUCAACGAUUUUGGGAUCUUAUUAACCACCUUACCGAUGGUGAUCCAUUUAGAUUUUUUAAAUAUUGUUUUGUACACAACUAUUACCCGUUGGCAUUAGUCGAUAAAUCUCAAAAAGCAACAAAUAUCACUCCGGCUGAUUUAAAGAGCGAACAAAGAAAAAUCCUAGAAAGUGUCUGCGAUGAAUCUUUAAAAAGUAUAAUUGAAUUGCUUCACGUUUCGACUGUUGUUGCUAUUGGAAAUUAUGUAGAAAAAAGAUCUCGAGAAGUAGUAAAACAUUAUAAUUUAACAAACGUCAAGGUAGUGAAAAUUCCUCAUCCAAGUCCGCGCGCUGUAGGCACAGCUGAAAACUGGAAAACUAUAACAAUUGAACAGCUCAAGUCCAACAAUAUUUUGGACCUAUUUAAAUGAAAAUGAAUUUGGCUAAAUGUAUGGUCGUGUCUCUAGACUUGGCCAAGGAGGCCUUGAAAACAGGUGAAGUGCCUGUUGGUUGCGUUUUUGUCAACAAAAACGAUGAUAUAAUAGCC